AUGACUAAUAGUUCACCUGGAUUUGAUUAUAAAUUAAAGGCUCCUUUAAUUUGUUUAGAAAAAAGUGACGAUGCUACUUUUUAAGAUGUUGAUAUUACUGAAAAUGAAAUACUUGUUGUUGAAAUUUAAAAAGAUGACAAUAGUGGUACAUUUACUGAUUUCUUCUUUAAAAUGGAAGGAGAACUUAAUCAAGAAUAAUGUGAUUAUUGUAGAACUUAUAGAAUUUUGAAAUUUUAGUGCAAAUGUUAAAAAGCUUCUUAUUGUACUGAAUCUUGUAGGUAAAAAGACAUAAGCUAUCAUUCAAGAGUAUGUGAUUUAGCAGAUCAAGAUACAGAAGAAGAAGAUAAUGAUAAUCCAUAUUAAUUUUAAUAAUUAUCAGUUAGAGGAAUAUGUGGAUUAAAUAAUUUAGGAAAUACAUGUUUUAUGAAUAGUGCUCUUUAAUGUAUGAGUAAUACCGAAUAUCUGACAUAUUAUUUUUUAAAAAAGUAUUUCAAAAAUGAAAUAAAUUUAACGAAUCCAUUAGGAACAAAUGGAAAAUUAGUAAAGUAAUAUUCCUAAUUCAUUAAAAAUUUAUGGAUUAGUACAGAAAAUGUAUUUUAACCUUUAGGAAUUAAAAGAGCAAUAGCGUCUCUAUAAAAUAUGUUUGCAGGUUAUUAAUAACAUGAUUCUUAAGAAUUCCUUUCUUUCAUUUUAGAUGGCCUUCAUGAAGAUUUAAAUAGAAUAAAAUAAAAGGCUUUUACUGAAUAAAUAGACUCUAAUGGUGAGUAUGAUAAUAUUGUUUCUAAAAAAUCUUGGAUUAACCAUUUAAAAAGAAAUCAAAGUAUAAUUGUAGACAUUAUGUAAGGAUAGUUUAAAUCUAAAGUCAAGUGUCCUGAAUGUGGUAAAAAAUCAGUUACUUUUGAUCCUUUUCUUACUUGUACUUUACCUAUUCCUCAUUAAUAACUUAAGAAUAUUGAUUUGUACUAUAUCUUUGUAAAUAAUAGAGCAGUUAGUUGUGCAGAAACUUUUUAUUAUUAAUCAGAUAAAAAUCUAAAGGUAGAUGAUUUAAAAUCUUAUUACAGUAGAAAGUUUAAAGUUGAAAAAGAAAGGCUUUUACUUUUUAUGAACUAAUAUAAUGGUUUAAAUUAAAUAUAAGAUAGUUUAUUAAUUCACGAAGUAAAGAAACAAUCAAAAAAUUUCAAAUAUUAGCUUAUUUUAUUCGAAUUAGAUUAAGCAAAAUAAAAUGAUGAUGAUAUCUUACUUUUUGUUGAACUUUCAGUUCAAAAAUCUCAUAAUUUUCAAUAUUAAAAAAAAUAUUAUAAAGAAAGUUAUUAUCCUCGUCCUUUUAUUUUUAACAAGAAUGCUACUAGCAAAGAUAUACAUUUAAGAAUAUUUGAAUGUUUAAAAUAGGUAAUAAUUAGGAGUAAAGAUAUGUUAGAUGAGGAUAUUUUAUAAGAUUUGUAAAACAUAAAUUAAUUAUACUUAAAACAUAUAAUUCAUUAUGAAAAAUCACAAAAAUUUUACUAAUUAAACAUAGUUUCAAACAACACGUAAGGUUAUAAUGAAAAAUGCAAUUGGUGUCAUUAAGAAAAUUGUGAAAAUUGUUAAUUAUAAAUAAAUGAUGAAAGGAAUUUAGAACAAUUAAUGCAAUUAAAUAAAGAUAGUCUCCGUAAAUUUAAGUUAGAAUGCUUAUUUUUUGCAUAAAGCUAAAUUAACCAUCAAGAAUUGAAGGCUUUAGAAAAUCCUUCUCCGGAAAUUUUAAAUUAAGAAGUAUUAAGUGAACAAAAUCAAUAAUAAAGCGAAAAAACAACAAUAUAUGAUUGCUUUAAUUUAUUUUAAUUAAAAGAGUAACUAGGAGAAGAUAACGAAUGGUACUGUUCCAAUUGUAAAAAGCAUUAAAGGGCAACUAAAAAAAUGAAAAUUUAUAGAUCUCCCUAAAUUCUUAUUAUACAUUUAAAAAGAUUCAAAAAUAAUGCUGGAAUUAUGUGGAAAGGAGGGAAAUUGACAAAAAUUAUUGAUUUUCCUUUGGAAAACUUAGAUAUUACAGAUUAUGUUAUUGAAAAAGAACCUCCUUCAUAUUAUUAUUAAAAUAAUGGAAAACUACUUUAUAAUUUAUAUGGGGUUGUCAAUCAUUUCGGAGGUAUAGGAGGUGGACAUUAUACUGCUUAUUGCUUAAAUGAAGAUAAUUGGUACUGUUUUGAUGAUUCAAGUGUAAAUAAAGUUAAUAAAAAAGAUAUUUGUACUGAAGCAUCUUAUAUUUUAUUUUAUAAAAAAAAAUGA